AAAGGGUUGUCGUCUAGCAUUGGAAGCAGCAGGGCCAACAAUGAGACUGUAAAUGGAACUUCUGGAAGAUCCGUGGUUGAGAUAGAUGACGAGGAUGCUAUCUGCAGGCGUACAAGAGCUCGGCACUCACUUGCUAACUAUACACUUGAGGAACUGGAGACAUUCCUUCAAGAAUCAGAUGAUGAUGUUGACCCUCCGAACGUUGACGAUGAAGAGGAGUAUCGGAAGUUUCUUGCAGCCGUUCUGGUGGAAGGAAGUGAUCAUGAAAAGGAAGGUCAAGGAGAUGAAACUGUUGAUGAGGAUGAAGAUAAUGAUGCUGACUUUGAGCUCGAAAUUGAGGAGGCACUGGAGAGUGAUGUUGAUGAAAAUGUUGAUUAUGAUGAAGGAAAGAAUGGUAAGCAAGAGGGAGGUGGUUAUGUGCCGGUGACUAGGCAGAAGAAGCGCUUAAAGGAAUCUGCAAAAGACAAGAAAACUCUUAUGGGACAAGCGAAGAUGCCAUUACGCCCUUUGGUGCCAUAUGAAUCAACUGUACAAGCAUCUGGUCUUCCAUUACAUGGAUGGCCAUUUUCAUCUCCUAUGGUUUUUCCUCAUUGCACACCAUAUACUUCUGGCGCUUACAUAAACACUGGAUUUACAGCAAAUCAACUUGGGCAGUUGUAUUGUCUAAUACACGAGCAUGUUCAAUUUCUUGUUCAGAUCUUUUCACUUAGUGUUCUUGAUCCUUCUAAGCAACAAGUUGCAAGUGAGAUGCAAAAGCUGAUGUCAGAGAUGAUUUCUAUACGAGAAAAUGCACUAGACCAGAGGAAACUUCCAUACCCUGAAUUCUGUUUUUAUCCUCCUAAUCUUCACUCCUCUGUGAGUGACUCCCACCAAGAUGCUAAUAGCUCCUGCUGGACGCCUGUCAUAGACAGCCAUGUAAUGUCCAUUCUUGAUGUUGCUCCACUUUGUCUAGUGAAGAGUUUCAUGACUGAUGUUUCUGAUAGUGUAUGGAGGCAUAGGCAAAGCCAUGUGGAAGAUAUAUCUAAUAAAAGCCACUCGAUGAGGGUCCCUCUUUUUCCAGUGCCUGCAUUGGAGUCUUCCAGUAAUACAGAUAACGAUAUUUCUGGAGGAACCGCCACUAUGUCUUCAAAGACACAUUCCACUUUUCCAGUUUUAGCAGAUCAGACGCAUUCUAAAAAGUCAAUGGCUUCAAUGCUUGUAGAAAGUACGAAGAGAGAAACAGUGGCUCUUGUCCCCAAAGAUAUUGCCAAAGCAGCAUGGAGGUUUUAUCCUUUAUUUAAUGCUGCACUUUUUCCUCAUAAGCCUCCUGCACAAGCUGUUGUUAAUCGUGUGCUCUUUACUGAUUCUGAAGACGGGUUACUGGCAAUGGGGAUACUGCAGUAUAAUAAUGAUUGGGCAGCAAUUCAGCAGCGCUUUCUUCCUUGUAAAUCUACUCAUCAGAUUUUUGUUCGGCAGAAAAAUCGCAGCUCUUCCAAAGCACCUGAAAAUCCUAUAAAAGCUGUGAGAAGAAUGAAGACCUCUCCAUUGACUACAGAUGAAAGGGCACGCAUCAGUGAGGGACUUAAACUCUUCAAAAACGAUUGGUUGUCUGUCUGGAAAUUUGUGGUUCCAUAUAGAGAUCCAUCCUUGUUACCCCGGCUGUGGCGUAUUGCUACAGGCACUCAGAAAUCAUACAGAAAAAGUGAAGCCAUGAAAGAGAAACGACGAUUAUAUGAGGCAAAAAGGAGAAAAAUGAAAGCUUCAAUGACUGACUGCCAUACAUCAUCAGAUAAGGAGGUUGAUAAUGGUGGUGAUAACAGUGCAGGUGACGUCGAUGGUGAAGAUGAGGCUUAUGUUCAUGAAGCGUUCUUGGCAGACUCGGAGGCAGGAAGCUCCAAGCACAAAUCCUGUGAUACCCCUCUUUUAAGCAUAAGCAGAAGUAAUAUGCAAUCAGUUAACAUCACGGCAUUUAAUGGUACUUAUGUCCAUGAGACUUCUACUUCUAUACCAAAUGGAAGUAGAGAACCGCAUCAGGGAGGUAGGCAUGGGUUUCAUACCUCUUGCACUCAAGAUUUGUGUCCUCCGUCUCAUUUUUCUCAUGCAUCGCAUGGUGCGUCUUCGAAGCAAUUCCUUUACAAUUCAAUGCCAAGGGCUUCUAAUAGCCAGCUGGUCUCACAAGCUUGCCAAACACAUAAAACUAAAUCUACUAGAGUAGUCAAGUUGGCACCUGACUUACCUCCUGUCAAUCUUCCUCCAACUGUUCGUGUAAUUUCACAGUCAACUUUCAAGAAUUACCGCUACGAGUCAUCUGCUUCCAUAGUUCGUGAUAAUGCAGUAAGAAAUCAUGUUCGAAGAGUUUCUCAGUCUGCAAGAGUAGGGAGUAGCAUAUCAAAUCUUGGGGAUUACUUAAAUAAAAUUUCUGAUAAUGGUCUGGAUACUAAUCCACAGCAAGAUGGUAUUACUCAUAUGGGUCAAUUUGGAGCAGAAGAGAACACCUCUGAAUCUGAUCUUCAAAUGCAUCCUUUACUGUUCCAGGCCCCUGAAGGUCAACUUUCAUCAUAUCCUUCAAUUAAUUCUCAUGCUACUGGUUCAACUACUCACAGCUCCUUCCUUAGAAGUUCGCUUCCGAAUGAUCCCAGUCCCUCUAGACCUCAAUGUUCUGCAAGCUCAGGUUUAUUCAGCAAUGCUACAAUACAGCCUAAAAAGUUACCCUUAGAUUUGCAUACUAUUGACUUUCAUCCUUUCUUGCAAAGAGCUGACAGUGAAAAUGGUGAUUCUUCUGCCAGACCAUUACUUCAUCGGGUCUCUAGCGAUUUAGAAGUAUCACAAGGUGAUUUCGAUAAGCUCCGCAAUCAAUCUGAUUGCAUGUUGAGAAUACCUGUGUCUGGUAAUAAUAAGGUGGGAACCAGUACAGCAUCUCUAACCAAUAAUGAAAAUGAAAGUAAUCUUGAUUUAGACAUUCGCUUGUGUUCUGUCCCAGAAAAGGAAAAGACAUUUGGCAGAGAUUGUCAGAAUAUUGAGGAAACGCCAAAGUUGUUAGGCGAUGACUCAUUUCUUACCUGUAGUGGUAGAUGUACAGAGGUUUCAGGUAACCGCGAUUUAACUUUGCAAGUUGUACCUCCAAACAGCAAUGGCGUAUGCCUUGGCGGAGGAGACCCUCAUGAUUAUUCUAUCGCUGGGAUAGUGAUGGAACAGGAAGAGUUGAGUGAUUCUGAAGAAGAGAUUGAACAUGUGGAAUUUGAACAAGAGGAGAUAGAUGACUCAGAAGAUGACAUGGACCAUCAGCUGCUUACUGGAACUGAAAAUAAGGAAUUUCCAUUCUUCACAUCCAAAGAAGAAGAGAUCCAAGCUAAUAAAUCCCAUCAGCCAACUUAUCUAAACAACGGACCAGUUGGGAAGUCUGGCCAGCUCAAGCGCGGUCGAUCAAGCAAGAAGCAAAGUUCAGACAUCUCCAAAAUGAACCCUGCUUCUUCUAGGAAGCCAAGAAAACGUCCUUCGAGCUAAACCCUUCAAGUAGCUCGCUUUAACUUAGUUUUUCACAAUUUUGUUGCGUUUUGCAUUCGUUAAAUGCUAAAGCAUUUUGGGUGUGCAACGAUGCGCUCUGGCAGGUUAUGAUCUCAUGUAGAUUUCGUGUAGUCCUUGUUGUAACUGCUGUCUUAAUAGUUUACAUAGAAUCAGUAGUCCCUGCUCUCUGUCCGUAUAAGUUUGCAGGCUUGUAAAAAUGAGCAGUUUUUCUUCAUUUCAUGACAUCAAGAUUAGUGCAAAGUCCUCAAAACAAAUCUUGUUCAGCUGAUAAAAAAAAUCUGUCCAUAAGACUUGCAUAAAAGCAUGAGAUGCGUAUUCUGAUUACUUGGAGGUGGAAAUUAUGAGGCAGAGUAUGGUUAUGUGAA